AAAAAUGUAAUUAUGGUAAUGCCUCGCAUUGGUACCAAACCCCGGGAAUUGGACGAUUUACAUUAGGAGAUGCCGUGUAAUUGCGCCCUGACAAAGGAAUCGCCUCUGUGUGGACGACUACGGCACGACAAUUCGAGGCACACCAUUCGGCUAACUUAUCAGAACGGGGAAAUAUUUCUUCCGCACCAGAAAAACGUUUUUACUCCCCUUUUUUCCGUGUGGCUGUUGGUCUACAUUGCUCUGCGUGUCAUCUUCUUGCUCACUGUAGAUCAAAAAGACCAUGGUGAUUCCGAUCUCGGACGGUUCCGAGACAACGCACGAAACAGUGGGUGCCGAUUUCCGCCGCCUCAAAAUCUCACCGUCCGCGUCCCGUCACAACAACGCCCUUCCCUCGCGUUCCAGUUUCCGCCGCCGUUGUCGUCCACGAAGCGCGUUUGGAACUCCGGACGCAGCGAGGCAUCUCACGUUCGCGGAAGAAAUCGCAACGAUCGUGACGUACAUUCCUACGGUGGCCGAAUUUUCCUCGCGAGAGCUCUCGACACUCUGGUGGCGCCCGAACGAGUUUGCACGUAUUCGAACGUACGCCAAGACGACCGCUUACGAUGUCCGUUUGGAAGCAUCGGCUGGUGGGACUCGCCAAGGAAUAGAUCAGGGGUAUCGCACGGCGCACUAUAUUGCUCUCACCACGGAAGAAUGCGAAUUGGCGGAGUUACUGCAGCAACACGAAGUGGUAGCUUCCCACGCCAAAGCGCUCGUAUCGUGGUCAGCCUGCGACACUACAUGCCGGGGACUCGAACACUGGGCAAGUAAAUCACACUGGGCGGCUCGGCACGAAGCUUUGGAUCAAGUACGGGAUUUGCGGAAAGAAAUGGCCAAGCAGAACCGCCGUGACACGAACACCGCAACUUCCUGGGCGACCCAGUUCGCGGAGUAUUCGCGGCCCAGUCGGAUUAUGGCAAGGUUGCUGGGACAUGCCGACGAAGUCGCAGCAAUCCAAUCCCGAAGCGAAUACACUUUGCGAGAACUCGAGGAAAUUAUUGCGAAGGAGCGUCAAGAAGAAAGCUGAACAUUGCUUCUGAUCCACCAACGAAAAAUGCGCGAAUCGAAAACGAAAAGAUUUAGUUUACAUUGGAGUCCCCGUUGUACCCUCAGCUUUGACACGUCGUCUUAGACGGUGAUCUGACAUGAAUAUGGCUACCUAGUUAGCAAAAGAAAAGAGAACGCCGAGGAAGCAAUGACAGAGCCAAGUGUCGUAUCGUCGGACUUAUCGCUGCAUUCUGCGCAGGAUCUACCUAUAUAUAUUUCCAGGUAUCUGAAGAGCAUCUGGGCUGUGCAGCUGCUGCAGAAUUGAAGCUAGCCAAAAAGUGCACAAUGAGAUUUUUUGUCUGUCACUAGGAAUGCUACUUAAAGCAGUAAGGCUUCUCAUUUGAACAGCUGACAGUGAGACAAAAAGCUGCCAUACGGGGGCUAUAUAAAACACGUUGCAGUCCCACAUCUUCAAAACGAAGCAUUCGAACACUCAUGCUUUGGAGAAGAAGAUCAGGAUCCGAAAAUUGUGUCACAGUCAGCGAGAACACGUGCACCGAGAAAUGACGAAGAAGCCCCACGGAACGAUCCGCAUUCCACGAAAAAAGAAUGUGAGGAAAAUACCGCGUCAAUUUUACGUUGGCAUGGAUGUAGAUUCAUUCAACGAAGACUUCCCCAUCAUCGAAUGGGACUCCGAAGACGACCUGCCAGAUGUAUUCAAAGAAUCAUCUAUGAGUGGCGCUCCUGUCGAUGCUAGUUCGACCGUGACAAUAGAUCAGCUACGAUACAAUAAGAGAGCCCGUUCAAAUGACACAAAGGCGAAUAAUGCUCAUUCGGAGAAUAUUUGGAACCGUAUAGAAAAGCAAGCCAACAGUCCAGCUAUGACAUCGAUACACCGGUCUGGCGCCGUUCAGAGCGACCUGUGCGAGCUCGGAGUGGAGAUGGAAAUCCUUGAUUACUUUCAAGAUACACUUGUCCUGGGAAGCUGAGUUCACUUCUUCACUUCAUCGGCUCCGCAUGCGGCUUCUUUCGAAACGCCAGCAGAAUAGAGGCCACACUUUUUGAACUGUACUGUGUCGAUCGAUACUUUUCAAUUUUUGCAGAUAGGGACUCACACUCAGCAGCUUAGAAGACACAGCGAAAACCUUUCGGUAUUUUUUUGAACUGUAAUGUAACUUUGUUUCUCAAGCCAAAUGUUAGCGGU